UGCGUUGUUCGCUUUUCAAUACAAUCAGUGCACAUUACCAAGGCCCACGACGCGCAUGUGUCGCGCACGAGAAAUAAAAGUGAUCACAGAGAGUGCUGCUUCACCAUGAAGCCAAAACUAUUGUUACUACUGACAGUUCUGUGCCUCAGUGUAUACAUAUCCGAGGCGCGACGAAGCAGCGGCGGCGGCAGCAGAUCCAGAGGAUCGUCAUCAAGGUCAUCAUCACGAGGCUGGGGCUGGGGAUCGAGCUCAUCCAAAAGCCACUCAUCGUCAGGCUGGUCAGGGUCCAGUUCGUCAAGCAAACACAGUUACCCGUCGUCGUCAUCCGGCUUGUCAGGAUCUGGAUCAUCGAAACCCAGCUAUCCAUCAUCUACCGGACUAUCAGGAUGGUCGAUCGGUGGACUCGGACUUGGAUCAAUGGGUGGUCACAAAUACCCAUCGUCCAAUACCGGACUAUCAGGGUCAGGAUCCUCCGGAAGUCAUGGUUAUCCGUCUUCUAACACUGGAUUGUCGGGAUCCUCAGGGAGUCAUAGGUACCCUACCUCAAACACAGGAUUAUCAGGAUCAUCAGGCAGUCAUGGAUACCCUUCAUCUAAUACAGGACUCUCCGGAUCCUCAGGAAGUCAUGGAUACCCGUCUUCUAACACGGGAUUGUCAGGGUCAUCAGGAAGUCAUGGAUACCCGUCUUCUAACACGGGAUUGUCAGGGUCUUCAGGCAGUCAUAGGUACCCUUCAUCCAACACAGGAUUAUCAGGAUCCUCAGGAAGUCAUGGGUACCCUUCAUCGAACACCGGAUUAUCUGGAUCGGGGAGUCAUGUGUCAAAUACCGGGUCGUCCGGAUCAGGGUGGUUCGGAUCAUCGAAUACAGGAAACAAACAUACUUAUCCUACAAACACUGGAACAAAUUAUAAUACUCCACAUCAUACUACUAUCAAUAACCAUCAUUACUAUCCAUCCUCACAUUAUAAUACACCUUCAUACUACACCCCUACUUAUUACAACACUCCACAACAUGUCUACGUCACUGAGUAUAGGAAUUCAGGCAGUCCGUAUAGCGAUCUACUUACAGGACUAACAUUAUACAAUCUAGGUCGCUCCUCCAGCUACCAUAAUCACGAACACUAUUAUUAUGAUGACUACUAUAGAAGAAGAUAUAAUUCGUAUGAUAGCCAUAGCUCAAGUUCAUACAGUAAUAAUAAUAAUCGCCCAAGUUACACUCCUAAAGAAGAAGCUACUUGUAAUUUAAGAAUAACUGAUAAUGGAAAGUUGGAAGUUCUGAAAAUCCCUUGUGAAAUUGUAUCAACGUUUACACUAAAGAACUCAACUACCAAUUCUGUUAUAACAUCAGCUCCCUUAUUACCAGUUUGCAAUGCGACAACGUCAAAUACAUCAGUUGUACCAACAAAUAUCACCAAAGUCGUAGGUAUCUCUAACAACAUUAGUAACUCUACCAUUAGUAAUGGAUCAUUAACUACCAUACCUAUUAACGUCACAUCAACUUUACCAACAAUAUUGGAAGAAAACACAACUAAUAACAUCUUAAUUAAUACCACCAUUCCAUUAUCUACUAAUCUUGAUAAUAAAACUGCUUAUAACACAACUUAUCUAAAUACUACAACACCUUCAAGUGACACCAGUUCUUCUAAUAUAACAGUUACAACAAAUGUUCCACCAUUAUUUACUUCAACACUAGCUACAUUUAUUAAUAAUACUACUGCCAAUUUGACUUCAACGAUAACAACUCCAAUCAAUAAGACUGAAACAAUUAACAUAACAUCUACUGUUACACCAAUUACAACAUCAACCUUACAAUCAGUAGUCUUUAAUUCUACUAAUAAUACAUCUACCACCGUUCCACCAUUCAUUUCUACAACAACAAUGAAACCAUUAGCUCUAAAUUCAACAAACUCUACAGUUACCACUGUACCUUGCAUAAACCCAUCAGAUCCUUUGGCUGUAAAAGGACCUCCUGUGAAUGGAUCUAAUAUGGCGUGUACAGUGGAGGUUAUGACUAAUAAUGUGUACUUGCAACAUGAAGUGUCGUGUGCAACGCUGAUGGAAUACUCUAAGAUGCCUGUACCACCGCGUGAGGAGAGCGCUAUAAUGCCUUCUCGGAGCAGGCUGAAGUCGUGGUUAGAAAAACCACCGUGGUGGUUGUCUUUGUUCAUUUCGGCAUAAAUUAUUUAUUAUUAUAAAAUAAGUAACGUACCUACCUAUCAUGGUAUAAAUUGAAUGAUAGUCUCAAUUAUUGUUUCUGCUACCAAAUCGCUUAGUUCAGCGAAUUCAGCAAGUCUACAUUGAAUUUAUGAUAUAAUUUUAAACAAUUUUUGAGCGACAAAAUUACGUAUUUUUUGUAGUUUUCUAAAUAUAUUUCGUUUAUAACGUAAGUAGUUUUAUAAAUUGCCAGUAAUUAAUUAGGUGUAUUGAAGAGUUAGCUCUAUCUUUUAAAACUAACUUGUAUUUCAAGGUGGGAAUACUUUGCAGGCAUCUCUUUUUUGUGCAUAAAUUUGUGUUUAAGUUAUUUUAGGUAGAAUAAGAAAAUAUAAAUAAAAUGCAUUUAAGUACCUAA